AACUCAAUCCGGUCCAUCUCGACCGUCCCUAUGCAAAGUUAUUACCGCAUUUAUUUAGUUUUCUCCCAAUUUUUAUCAGCUUUGUCGCCAAGAAUCCUCUCGUCGUUUAUUUCCAAGUUUUCUUCAUUUCUGGUCGUUUCAGGUCUCUUUCUCUCUCUCUCUCCCUCCAUUCCAUCUUCCCCAUUUCUCUCUCCUUUCCCUCCCUCUGUUUCUCUUCCCCUGGCCGUUUCCCCACUCCUCCACCCGCCGUCCCGCCGCCGCCGCUUCAGUUUCUUCAGUGGGGAAGAGAAAUCGGCGCAUUACCCACAGAUCGAAUUCCUCCACCGCCCGAUUCCCCUCCUCCCCCGUCAGAAGAAGAAAAGCCAUUGCUAUCAAAACGGUAAUGCGGAUCGUUUCCCGCAAAGACAAAAGACACGCAAUGCCCGGCGGCGACUUCGAUUCCUUCUAGCGCCGUCCACUCUCAAUAUUUACCCUCUCAGUCAACCGCUUUUCUACCUCCGCCGGCGGCGGAGGAAUAGAGUACAUUAAAAUCAACAAUGUCGGUGCCGGCGUGGCUGGAGUCGCUGCUGAGCACCGCCUUCUUCUCCGUCUGCCGGGUCCACAGGGACGCCGCGAGGAGCGAAUGCAACAUGUACUGUCUCGAUUGCAAAGGGGAGUCGUUCUGCUUCUACUGCCGCUCUUCCCGCCACAAGGAUCAUCAAGUCAUCCAGAUUCGGAGGUCUUCGUAUCACGACGUGGUGAGGGUCGGGGAGAUACAGAAGGUGCUGGACAUCAGCGGGGUACAGACGUACGUCAUAAACAGCGCCAGAGUGCUGUUCUUGAACGAGCGGCCGCAGCCCAAGUCGGGGAAAGGGGUCGCCCACAUUUGCGAGAUUUGUGGGCGGAGCUUGCUCGACACAUUCCGCUUCUGCUCGUUGGGUUGCAAGCUUGUAGGGAUAAAGAGGAAUGGAGAUGCUAGCUUUAGCAUGGAAGGCAAGAAUGUAGCAGGAGGAGGAGAUGUGCAAGGAGAAGCAAUAGAAGAAGACGGCUCUACGUUGUUAGGGAUGCAAGAAAGAAUAAUGAUGAGGAGAAGGGAAGCUCAAAUAUCUUCAAGAUUAACAACAAGCACAUCAUCGUCAAGGGAGGAUGAUCAAGAAUUGCGCCAAGGCACUCAACAUGACAUCUACCCGACCACACCUCCUCCACCGCCUUCCAACUCAAGACGAAGAAAAGGCAUACCUCAUCGUGCACCUUUCUUUGCUUCCUAAUCCUUCCUAAAUCUUAUUGUUACUAUUGUCAUUAUCAUUAUUCCUUUUGGGUAUAUUCAUCCCUACACACACAAAAGAUACUCUCUUUCACCCUUCCUUUCUUACACAAAAUUCACCCCCAUCUUUAGUGAGUAAGAAAGAAAGGGGAAGAAAGAAGGAAAGGUAGAAAGAGGAGGUGUAUAUAUGACCGUAUAGAACACUAUACAUCAUAUAGUGGCCUUAUAUGCCCUUCUUUUGCUUUUUUUUCUUUAAAAAACCAAAAGGGGUGAUGAGUAAGUUUCCCCUUUAGGGUUGGAGGACCCAUUAGGCCAACAUAUAACACAAAGCCAAGAGAAAGAAAAGAAAGGGAAGACAAAGAAGGAUUCUUUUUCCCCCUCUCUUGUGAAUUGAGUAGCAAUAAUGCAACCCUAAUAUUAUUUAAUGAUUGUGUAUACACUUGGUAAUUGUUAUAUAGUGAUUCAUGUUUGCAAUGCAAGGUUGUAUAUUGGCGUUGAGAAAAUUUAAAAGUCAUCUUCUUUUGUGGAAUCCGUUUCAUAUAAGGGUUUCUUUCUUGUAGUUUGCUUUCCAUUUUCUUUUCGUUGGGUCCACUCAACCACAUGGGCAGCACAUAAAGAAAACUACAUUUCCCCUUUCCUCUUUGUUUAUUGCAUGAGUGCCCCCUUUCCUAAUCACUAUUGUUGUUUGCUUAAUCAUUUAGUAUAUAUGUAUGUACGCAACUAUAGUACUAUACACAUUUCUAUGUCUUUGGUAACCUAACCAACGCCUCCUAACCCUCAUGAUGUGGAUUGCUUAGAAGAAUGUGGAUGGGUUUGCCAUUUAGUUUGAUCCAUGGCACUACGAUCACCCCCCACUAGACUCAUAUGAUAUGAUGGGUUGUUAUCAAGUUCGAUCGGUCUAACAUAGAUAAUACACUUGGAGAACUGUUGUUCAGCUCUCGCCAACCAACCUCUAUCUGUUGGAAAUGUCAAGAUGUCGAUAUGACCGUGAAACAUUUUCUUUCCAUUUCAAGAUGUAAAAUAUCUCAGAUUUCCUCUUUUCCUACCGUCAAUGGAAUUCACUGACAAAGUGAACUCGUCACUCGUGCUCACUUAGUCAUCCGUGAUACUUCUCUCUUCGAUUUCUUCAACUUGAAGUAUUACAACAAACUCAAUUAUCCUUUAUAGCAGAACUUAUCAGUGACCCAUCUGAAAAGCCUGCAACAAUGUCAUUUUCAAUAACACUCCAACUUAGACCCAACUAAUGGUGUACUACACAGAGAGCCGUCAUUUAGGGACAAGAUCGCCAUCUGAGAUAACCACCUAUUGAUUUUGAACUUAUCAAUCUCUUAGAGACGUGUUACCCACUACAUUACAUCACAACACAACGGAUUGUUUAUGGAUUUACAAACUCAUCUAGACAAGCGGGUGACGGAAAAAAUGAAUUUUUUUGUUCCUAAUUUUCACAAUCGACUCGUGGAUUGAAUGCCCCGAUCAUAAAUUAUUGGUACAUCAUCAUAUUGGAUCCACAAUUUUUUUUCACGUUGUCCUCGGUGUAUUCCAUACAAGUUUCAGUUGCUAACCCAAGUGUUUCUGCCAAGUGAGUGAAUGCACACUUAUGUACAUUACAUUAAGGACAGGUGAGCCAACUAAUUAACAUUGACAUCCCCUAAUAUAGAUUCACCGAAUAUUCACCAUUGUCACCUCUUUUUUGUCAUUAGAUCCCUUAUUGAAAUACACAAUGAACUUCUUUUCAAAUUUCUUUUAUUAGUGAUAAUACACUCCUUUAAUUGUGGGGAUAAUUUCGAUUACUUUUAAGACGAUGUUGCUUUCAUAGCUUUUGACGACAACAAUGAAGGAUAAAAGUGAAG